AUGGGGCUGUCCAAAACAAACAGGAUCUUGAUCCUGUUGGUCAUCGAUACAGCUUUUUUCCUACUUGAACUAAUCACUGGUUAUGCCGUCCACUCCCUUGCCCUUGUCGCCGAUUCCUUCCACAUGUUAAAUGAUGUCUUAUCCCUAUGCGUCGGAUUAUGGGCCGUGAAGGUCGCAAAUCGCGAGACCAGCUCCAACACUUACACCUAUGGCUGGCAACGAGCGGAGACACUUGGUGCUUUGGUAAAUGGUGUAUUCCUAGUCGCACUGUGCAUGUCGAUUUUCCUGGAGGCUACUCAGCGAUUGUUUGAACCCCAGGAAGUGCAAAACCCCCGAUUUGUUUGCAUUGUUGGCUGCUUCGGUCUAGCUUCUAAUAUCAUUGGAUUGGCACUAUUCCAUGACCACUCCCACGGACCCGGCGGCGGCCACGACCACGGCCAUGACCACGACGAUCACGAUCACGAUCACGAUCACGAUAUCGAGGCUGGAGGAGAACAUGAUCACGAUUACACACCGGUCACCGACCAGAGUGAGAGCAUGGCGGGGGCUACCGCUGGCUUCGGCAGACCUGCAAGCUUGCCUCAAAACUCCCUCACCAACUCCAAUACGGACUCACCCCGAAAACGCCGCGACACCCAGACUCGCGGCCCAAGAAGGUAUAGUACUUCGGCAGGCUUUGUGAGCCCCGAUGAUAUCCCCGUGCUUCCAGAGAGAUUGAGACAAGGGAUUAUCGCGGCUAGUCAAUACCGGAAUGAACAGUCCUCGGAUUCGGAGAAUGGCCAUGACGAGGAUGAGAUCCCAUCUGAGCGUUCAGGUCUUCUGAGCCACCGCGAUCGCACUACCAACUACACCGACGAGGAUGGAGCUCCGACCAAGGUCCACAAGCACCGCGACGAAGAUGUUCACAAAUCCCACAACCACGCUCAGCCCAAGCCUAAGGACCAGAAGAAGGGCCACACCCACGACCUCAAUAUGCGUGGUGUCUUCCUCCAUGUGAUGGGAGACGCCCUCGGAAACAUUGGUGUGAUCGUUUCUGCGCUUGUGAUCUGGUUGACUGACUACGAGUGGCGCUUUUACGUCGACCCGGGUAUUUCCCUCGUUAUCACACUGAUUAUUCUUGCAUCCGCCAUUCCAUUGUGCAAGGCUGCCUCGCGUAUCCUUCUCCAGGCCGUGCCUGCUGGCAUGAGCAUUGAUCAUAUCAAAGAGGAUAUUGAGCGCCUCCCCGGUGUCAUUGGUUCACACCACCUGCACGUUUGGCAACUCAGCGACACCAAGAUUGUGGCUUCCAUUCAUCUUCAAGUCGACACUGAGAUCAAGGGCGAAGGCUCAGAGCGGUACAUGCGUCUGGCUAGACAGGUGAGACGCUGUCUCCAUGCUUACGGUAUCCACUCUUCGACUAUCCAGCCCGAGUUCGCACCGGAAAGUGAUACCGAAGACAACGGACAGCCUUCAUCCUCCCGGGAGACCGAUGAGAACGUUCCCAGCCGUGCUGCCAGUGUUCGCGAGGGUGACCCUCAAGCUUGCCUUCUGGAGUGCGACGAGCACUGCGCCCGAGGAGGCCAGUGUUGUCCUAAAAAGUGA